AACGCAAGCUAUUACAUUUUACUGGAAGCAACUCUUGGGAGGACAUCGUUUAUUUUAGUGUAUAUUUUAAAAGUUAAUUUGAAGUUAAUAAUUACCUUUUUACUAUUUAUUUCAUUUUAGUUCAGCUUAAAGUUGUUGGGUUUUAUUGCAAUACGUUUUUAAGUUGUAAUUAGGUACAGUUUCUCUAAUCUCUAAAAUGUCUGCUCGCAGCCCUCUUUCAAGCAAAAGCGAAAAUUCCAUCAUUACCAAAAUGGACCGUGUUUACCUGACUGACAAAGAAAACACGCCCCCAAGCUUAAAUGCUACCCGAGUUCUGGCAUCCAAGACCGCGCGAAAGAUAUUCGAUACAGAGAUGAAGCCUGGAACGGCCAGGAAACCAGGCGUCGAGGAUGAGCCGCUGCUAAGAGAGAAUCCCCGUCGAUUUGUCAUUUUCCCCAUCCAAUAUCACGACAUCUGGCAGAUGUACAAGAAGGCAGAGGCUUCUUUCUGGACUGCAGAGGAGGUUGACCUCUCCAAAGACUUGCAACACUGGGAAUCCCUAAAAGAUGACGAGAGAUACUUCAUCUCUCACGUUCUGGCAUUCUUUGCUGCCAGUGAUGGCAUCGUAAAUGAGAAUUUGGUGGAACGCUUCAGCCAGGAAGUCCAGGUGACUGAAGCUCGUUGUUUCUACGGUUUUCAAAUUGCCAUGGAGAACAUUCAUUCAGAAAUGUACAGCCUGCUCAUUGACACAUACAUCAAGGAUCCCGCUGAAAGGGAGUACCUCUUUAAUGCAAUUGAGACAAUGCCUUGUGUGAAGAAGAAGGCGGACUGGGCUCUGAACUGGAUUGGAAACAGGGAUGCUCAGUAUGGGGAACGUGUAGUGGCAUUCGCUGCUGUGGAAGGAAUCUUCUUCUCUGGGUCUUUUGCUGCCAUCUUUUGGUUGAAGAAGAGGGGUCUAAUGCCUGGCCUCACAUUCUCCAAUGAGCUGAUCAGCAGGGAUGAGGGUCUUCAUUGUGACUUUGCUUGCCUGAUGUUCAAGCACUUGGUGAACAAGCCUUCCAAAGAAAAGGUUAAACAGAUUAUCACAGACGCUGUUGAAAUUGAGCAGGAGUUCCUCACAAAGGCUCUCCCGGUGAAUCUGAUUGGCAUGAAUUGCACCCUCAUGACACAGUACAUCGAGUUUGUUGCUGACAGAUUGAUGCUUGAACUAGGCUUUAGCAAGAUCUACAAGGCGGAGAACCCCUUUGAUUUUAUGGAGAACAUUUCUCUGGAGGGAAAGACAAACUUCUUUGAGAAGAGGGUUGGCGAGUACCAGCGAAUGGGAGUCAUGUCUGGGCCAACUGAUAACACAUUCCGCCUGGAUGCAGACUUCUGAGGAGUUCAGCAUCCCCACACACAGACUCCAUGCAUUAACACUUGAAGGGAAGGGGAUGUGGCAUUUGGCUGGGCCCCAUGUUCACCCUCCCAACCACCCUGCUGUGUUCUGGUCUGAUCCCAAAGUGACUUGCACCCUGUGCAGCUGGAAUCGGGUGCAGCUGACAACUUGGUGUGCACACAAUCCACUUUAUUGCAGUGUUUUUUUUUUUUUUAAGGUUUCUUUUUUAUUUUUGUAAUGAAUUGUAAUUAAAAUUAAUGCAACACUUUUUUUCUAUGUGUGUCUAUAUAUGUGUGACAUUCUGUUAAGGUUGGUGAGCAUAAAUUAUUUAGUUGUCCAAAAUAAAACUUCGUCAAAAACUG